AAGUGAGACCCCGGUAGCAGCAGUCGCUUCAUUGUACGCAGGCGCUGAGCUGAAGGGACAGAUCGGGUGGCAGCGGCGCCUGCGGGUGAGAAGUGGGCGAAGGUCCAAGUUUCAGAAUGUCAACUACUGUGUCCUUCUGGAUCUUAAAUUCUGCAAGGAGCCGCAUUGCCACAUUACAAGGGGGCAGACGCUUAUACUCAAGGAAUGUCUCCAAUGGGAAUCACUUGAAAUGGAGGCUCUUUUCCCGGGCAUUACCCACCCUAAGAAAUAGUUCUCCGUGUGGUGGCUUCCCUCUGCCCAAAGCCUACAGACACACAUCAACUGAACAAGAGGAUUUCCACUUGCAGCUGAGCCCUGAGCAAGUAAAUGAAAUGCUUCGAGCUGGUGAGUCAGCCCACAAGGUUCUUGAUGUGGAUGAUGGAGUCCCAAAUUCAGUGCUGCGGUUUGAGAGCAACCAGUUGGCAGCCAAUUCCCCAGUAGAAGACCGGCAAGGUGUAGCUUCCUGUCUGCAGACCAAGGGCCUGAUGUUUGGUGUCUUUGAUGGACAUGGUGGUCAUGCAUGUGCACAAGCAGUAAGUGAGAGGCUCUUUUACUAUAUAGCAGUGUCCCUGAUGUCCCAUCAGACCUUGGAGCAGAUGGAGGAAGCGAUGGAAAAUGUGAAGCCCCUGCUGCCCAUCCUACAGUGGCUCAAGCACCCGGGGGACAGUAUCUAUAAGGAUGUCACAUCAGUGCAUGUGGACCACCUCCGUGUCUAUUGGCAGGAGCUGCUUGACCUGCAUAUGGAAAUAGGGCUGAAUACUGAGGAAGCUCUAAAGUACUCCUUUCAGAGACUGGACUCUGACAUCACGCUAGAAGUCCAGGCUCCCCUGGAAGAUGAAGUGACAAAAAACUUGUCGCUCCAGGUUGCUUUCUCUGGGGCAACAGCUUGCAUGGCCCAUAUCAGUGGAGUUCACUUGCAUGUGGCAAAUGCUGGUGACUGCCGGGCUAUCCUGGGUGUCCAGGAAACUGAUGGCAUGUGGUCUUGUCUACCCCUCACCAAUGACCACAAUGCCUGGAACCAGGCUGAGCUGUCCCGGCUUAAGAGGGAACACCCCGAGUCAGAGGACGGGACACUCAUCAUGGAUGACAGACUUCUGGGUGUCCUCAUACCCUGCAGAGCUUUCGGAGACGUACAACUGAAGUGGAGUAAAGAAUUACAGCGCAGUGUCCUGGAGAGGGGCUUUGAUACUGACGCCCUCAACAUUUACCAGUUCACACCCCCCUACUACUACACUCCACCCUAUCUGACUGCCAAGCCUGAAGUUACAUACCACAGGCUGAGACCCCAGGAUAAGUUCCUUGUGCUGGCCUCAGAUGGCCUGUGGGACAUGCUGGGCAAUGAGGAUGUGAUCAGGCUUGUAGUAGGGCAUCUGUCCAAGGCAGGUCACCACAAGCCAGACCUAGCACAGAGACCUGCCAACCUGGGGCUUAUGCAGAGUCUGUUGCUUCAGAGGAAAGCCAACGGGCUCCACGUGGCUGACCAGAACGCAGCAACGCAUCUGAUCAGACAUGCCAUCGGGAGCAAUGAGUAUGGGGAGAUGGAGCCUGAGCGGCUGACCACGAUGCUGACGUUACCAGAGGACUUGGCAAGGAUGUACAGGGACGAUAUCACUGUCACUGUAGUGUAUUUUAACUCAGACUCAAUUAACGAAUAUUACAAGGGCAGUUAAGAAAUUCUAUCCUAUUGCCAAGGCUAACAUAAAUGCUGUUUAAAAAUAUUUUCACUUACUCUUAAAUGAGCAAUUCAAACCUUACUGUUCAAAAGACAGGCAGAUAGAACUUACUGAAUAAUUGACUAACAUGAGAAGAAGAAAAAAAGACAGCCUAGGUUUAAUAACAGUAGCUGUGAUCUUUGCAAAUUUCCUCUGCAAAGAGGGCAGAGAAUAAAGACCACAGAAUGGGCUUGGGUUCGUGUAGCACAAGUACUUUCUAAGGUCAUGGUUAAACUGUGUCAUCAUGAACUUUCAAAGGGUAAAUUUAAUCAUGCUUCUGAGAAUAAAAGACUUCAGGAUCUUCUGAGAUCCAACUGUAAAAACUGUAAGUUUGAUAAUUCUGAAUUCACAUUCACGCACAUCUAGGCUAUGAAGUUUUUUAUUUGUUUAAUUACAAAAGCCUAGGUUUGCAACUUAUAUGACAGGACACUUUUCUAUGCAAUAUUCUAACUUUUUUGAUUAUUCUUGUGAAUACAUUCUGGAAUACAUGUCUAGUUCUGUUUCAGCUCAUUUUAAAACUGAAUCCUCAAACCUGCAAACUGGCCUACUGUAAGCACGUUUAGGUGUAUUGUUUGUCAGCUGAGGGUUAGAGGAUCUAGACCUCUGGACUAGCUGAAUUUACUUGGGUAGUAUAUGGGCCCGCCACUAAGUUCCAAGCCUGAACUGUUGAGCCGUAUGAGGAGGUAAUUUAUGUCUAAUCCUUAACUCCUGGCCUUUCCUAUAUUAAUAAAAUGUCCUGCGGUCUUAACCUCUGGGGGGUUAUUCAUAGCAUUUAGCUUUUCUGAUUAUAUAUCUCAAGUAUUCUUCUGUUAAUCCCAUCUGACAUAAUCCUCUACUUCUGUGCUCCCUAGCCUUACCCUGUGGCUGCUAGAAAGAGUCUUUUACCUGUGGCAAGUGGUGGCAAGAAAAGAGACAAUAUGGUCACAUGGUAGUUGUGUCAGACAUUUAGGCAGGACAGGUUUAAUCAGAGGUUUGUAGAUUUAAGAUUCAGCCUGAAUCUGGAGAAGUAAAAACACGAAGAAGAACAGCCUCUAGGUGAGGGCCUCUGUCUGCACCCUAAGAGGCCAUGGGGAGAAGGGAGACUUCUCAGAUGGGACACCUGCCUCUGACUGUUAUAAAUUGCAUUACUAAUCCUCAAGAAGUAGACCAUAUUUAGUAUAGGAGUUGGGCAAAAAUAAAAACGUAACUUGUCAUGGUUUCCAUGGGCUGCAGAGUCAUUGAGGUACCUGAAAAUUAACCCACGUUCCUUUUUGGGGGAUGGAUUUCCUCUUAUGAGUGGCUGUGUUAUUUAAACAACAGGAAAUGUGUCCCUAAAUGGAAACACAAAUAUAUUUUUUGUGCGAUUAUCCCACAAAACCAACAGUUUUAAUUUCCUGUACUUCACCGGACAGAACUCUUCAAUGUAGUGCAGCUGCAUGUGUUGAUCCUUCCCUUGUCUCUUCUCCCUCAUGCCAAAUAACCAGAAAAGCAAAUAGCCGGCUUUGGUUUCCUCACGUUAACUGUGCCUCCGCUAACUGUCAAGAACUGGGGUAUUUCUCUGUAUACUUUCCACUGUACCUGCUUAAUUACCUGAUUUCCUGUAAGAAGUUCUAUUUUGGGGUAUUUAAGCCUCACUCCUUUUAUUCUGAAACUAUUACUGUUCCUUCUGAUCUCUUAGACCUUAACUCAAAAUAAAAUGUGAAUCACAGUCAGGUGUAAUGGUGUAUAGCUGUAAUCCCAGCUAGUUAGGAGGUGGAGGCAGAAGGAUCAUGAGUUCGAGAUUAGCCAGGCAAAGUUAAUCAGACCCUACCUCAGAAACAAAAGGGCUAGAGACAUACUGAAGUGGUAGUCCUUGAGGCCCUGGGUUAAUUUCCUAGCACUGCAAAAAAAAAAAAUGUGAAUCACUACUAUUCUCUACUUGUCUGACAUUUUCUUUGCCCUUGGUUUUUCAUGCCAGCUAAACCCUGGCAUACAGUGUCUGAUUCUGACUUUGGAGCCUGGCCUGCAUCAUAAAUAUAUCUGAUUUAGUAACUUUGCACCAGUUGACAGAACACAGACUUCCCGCUUGUGUCUCCAAGCAGGUCUGUGCUUUUUCUCUGCCUAAUAGAUUUUCCUGCUUUCUACUUGAUAUAUAUUUAGAGAGAAGAAUGGCUGAUUUUAUUGUCUGCCUAACUCCUUUCCCCCUCUUAGUCUCCCCCAACACACACACACACACACACACACACACACACACACACACACACACACACACACACACACACUGUGAACCUCAGCUCCUUUUAUGUGUGCAUUGCUUCUGGUUCAAUUUCAGUCUAGCUGUCUCUGACCACAGUUCUUGGCAGUGGCUUUCCUGGAGCAAAUAGGUUACAGGACACUGCAAUUGGAAAGGUUAGUUAGUGGUCCUUGUUGUUUCUUUGUAUAUUUCAACUUUCAGACUUAAAAUUUAAACAAUGAGAUUUACCAUUUAAUAUUUUAGAUGUAAAUUUUAGGAAAGUAUGCUUUGGUUCUUAAAAUGACAUGUAUGAUUUUAUGUAAGAAACUUUGAUAUUGCCAUAAUUUGGAAAUUUUAUGUGCAAAUAAUAAAGCGCUGUUGACUUUAAAAAUUGGUCAAAAUAGGCAGAAGAUGGUAUUAGUUCUAAAAUUAGUAUGGUAGUUCAAAUUACUGAGAUUGAGCUUUCUGAGGUGUUGUAACAUUAAAGCUAAUUUACUAUAAUGAAAAGGUAAAUCUUGAGGUAUUUCAAUAUAUAAGCAUUUUUCUCAGAACCUAAAAGCUCCCUAGUAUUAGGCACACUGGGCAAAACUCAGUUGAGACACAAGUGAAUUGGCACCUUUUAAACAUAAAUGAAAUAUAAACAGCUUAAACUUGAGUUCAGGAAGACUAUAACUUUGUGCAACAACAAGAAUGUGUUCAGAAUGAGUCUGGCUUAACUUUUGUCCAUCACCCUUGGUGACCUAUCUUCAUUUGACAGCUUUUGGGAAGCCUUUACUUCCCAGGUUAAACCAGAAUAUCCUGGAAUGAAGUCAUCCAGGAUGACUUUGAAAUGUGACUCCAGUGACAGUAAAAACAAACAAAAAAACAACCCUGCCUGGCCUUGAAUCAGGAGGAUCAAGGCUGGGGGGUAUAUCUUGUGAUGCAUAGCCUUGAGGCCAGCAUGUUUGGGCUGCUCUGUGGCAGUUUCUGGAGCAUCUAUGCCUCUGUCCCUCCCUCCUCUGGCUUCUGCUGUCUAACUUGCCUCAGAAAAUAUUUCUUACUGAGCAUUUUCUUAGGACAAUCAUUAACCAUGUUCUUUAAUAAUUACUGGCAUUUGUGUUCCAAUGUUUGUAUU